AUGACAGACCCCACCCCAUUCGACUUUUUCAACCCCACCGCCAUCCCCGCCGUGUACCUCCACGUCGAGAACACGGUCCACUACCACAUAGGCACCGCGCGCGGAAAAGCCGAGUUGGAGCAGCUCCUGCCAAACGGUAGCCACCUCGUCCACCUCCCGCGGAAGUCGGAGCCAAGUUCCGCCCCACAGACGUACACCGUCGCGCUCUUCCACCAGAUGCGAUGCUUGAACAUCAUCGUGGACGCGUACAGCUCCCGCGUGGCGGACGUGCGCGACCCUCUCCUGAGGCACUGCAUGAACUACCUUCGGCAGAGUAUACCGUGUCAGGCGGACACGAGGCUGGAGCCGAUCCUGCUUCCGCUCCCUGGAAGACAGCAAGUCAACCAUUAG